AUGACUACAGAGAACAUUAAGCAAUUCGCCCGCGAUUACUCCGGCCAUGAGCCAACGCGCAUUGAAUGGAUCGAUGAUACCUCCGCCAACAUCAUCUACUCUUCCACCGAAGUCGGCCUCCAAGCUCUGGCAGCUCUUACUCAAGCCACCGAAGAAGAAGACACGUCUUCACUGCCACCUCUGCGUCUGCGGUCUGCGAAACUGUUCCCGUCCCAUCCGGACUCCGUCCUCCAAGUCCGAUCGGCGGUCAAAUCCGACCGCAAGCAAGCUCGCGCUCACGAAAAGAGUCGAUUCUACCUUAUGCACCCAGAGCAUGAUCCUCGGGAACGUCUGCGACAGGAAUUCAAGGAUAGACGGCGCAGCGAAGACGGAGGUGAUAGCGAUUACAGCAGGCGCAAGUUCGACGACCGGGAGCACCGCCGUCGCCGAGAUCGCGAUGACAGCGAUCUAUUCAGCGCCGACAUGUACGGUGAUAGCGUAGGCGCCAGUAACGCUGGAAGAGAGCGCCGAGGCCGUGGACGCGGCCAGAGGGAUCUUCUCCCAGACGAUGCGGACCGCGCGAGCGGUCGUCUCCGUAACCGCAGUGCAUCACCGGGACGAGAUACGCUGGAAGAGGAGCUCCAGAGCAACAGGGAUGGGCGUGAUACCAGCAGACGAUUCCGCGAGAGGUCGCCGCGUUCAUCUCGCCGAAACGAAGGCAAAGAGCUUUUCUCUGGGGACAGCGAGAGCACCCCGGGAAACCGGGAGCUUUUCCCGAACAAGACCACCGACAGCUACAUCAAGAAGGACCUGUUCCCCACCAAAUCCAGCAAUCAUCGUCGCUCAGAUGCAUUUGAUGCUUCCCGUGUGCCAGGAACAACUGAACACCAGCACUCAAGCAACGUCGAUCUUUUCCCCGAGUCUGACCAAGGCGACCGCAUUCGUGGCAUAGUCCGCGAAGACCAGGGUUAUGCCAUCCGCGGCGGCGCAUCGCAAGGGCUAUCAAUCAAGGGCAGAGGUGAAUCGGUGCGCGAAUUGUUCCCUUCGAAAUAUGGGCCUGGUAACGGGAAUAAUGCCGGCAAGGAGCUGUUUUCCGACACGCUGGAAGGACGUGGUGGUCCUCGGCGUCGGGCAGAGGAUAUGUUCAGUUGA